CCUGUGCGCCCAGGGCUGCUGCUGUUCGUCUGCCAGAUGCGAGCAAGGCUGCCGACCACUCUUGUGUGCAGAGGAAGUGUGGCGCCAAUGCGAUUUGCGUGAAGGAGAGGGGCGACGCCAAAUGCAUCUGCAACGCUGGAUUCUCCAUGACCCCCACCGGCUGUGUUGGUGCUGACAUAUGCGCGCUCAAGGCGUGUGGCGUCAACGGCAAGUGCAUCAAGGACAGAGCUGGAGUGGCGUCCUGUGUCUGCCAGCCUGGCUUUGUGCUGCAGGCUGACAAGACUACAUGCACUG